AUGGAACGACUCUCGAUUAAUGACCCCUCUGGUGGUCACCAGCAAGGAAAUGCUCCUCCAGGGUUCCCACCGCAGAAUAAUCUACUGGGUCCGAUGUCACAAGGUCCGCCGCAGUUACCGCCGCAGAUGUUCACGACCGCUGCUCAAUUGCUAGAUUUGACGGAUAAGAAACUCGUCCUAGUGCUACGAGACGGUAGAAAAUUGAUUGGAGUCUUGAGAAGUUGGGAUCAAUUCGCCAACCUUGUCCUCCAGGAUACUAUUGAGCGGUUGUAUGCUGGCAAUCUCUAUGCUGAGAUCUCACGGGGUAUUUUCUUGGUCCGAGGAGAGAAUGUGCUGCUUCUUGGUGAAAUUGACCUCGAUAAGGAAGACGAUAUCCCGCCACAUGUGCAAAAGGCUCCAUUCGAGGAAGUCUUUAAACUAAAAAAGAAGGAAGAUAGUGAGCGAAAGACUGGGGACAAGAAACGUCAGGGCAAGCUACAGGGUCUCGGCUUCGAGGCUGAACAUAGCGGGGAGAUCCUGUUCUAG